UGGAUCGAAUAAGCCGGGUCAGCGCGAACGGUGUCGUCCUUUCGGCAAUUGUGUUCCUCCUCCUUCUCCUCCUUCCUCGUCGGAGAGAUCGUUCGCUAUUGCAUCAAAAGAAAUCUGGUGGCAUCGGGACGUGUCGCUCGAAGAGAGCGAUUUCAGCGAUUUGAAACGUAUCCAAGCAUUCUGAGGGUGUCACGCGUCGCGUCCACGCUGUCCCGACCGACGAACAGGCUUACGAUCGGCCCGAUCCGAUCGUGCGGUCGGCGGAGCCCGUGAAACCGAGUUCGCGUGACGCGUAACGGCGUGCGGCAUUCCUCCCCCUCCGCGCGUUGCAUGCGGCGAAAAUAGGACGAAGCGUAACGAGUGACGAUAAAUUCCUUCGGGAAGGUCGGGAGGAAGAUUGCAUAACGCGACGUUCCCUCCCCUGCCAUCCAUUGCCACCUUUCAGCCCUCCUUUCCCCUUCUCUUGCACGCGCGAGCGCGCACGCCCGCUCGUCGUUUCCUCGUCGUCCUUUUUCUCCCUCUAGCUUUUCGCGCCUCUUCUUCGGGGAGAUAUGUCACCUCGUAUCGAUAUCUAAUUAAAGACUGUCCAACAAUUUUUUUUAUCGCGCCUCCAUCCUGCUGAGUAAGGCGUAUGGGUUGCUUCGUCUCUCCUCGUUCCACGUUCCGGCAUCCGGCGUCGGGAAAGGAUCGCACGCGGUGCAUCGUCGCGCGACAUCGAUCCGCGCCUCUUCUCUCUCACUCUCUCUCUCUGUUUCUCUCUCCUUUUUUUCCCUCCGCGGGAUUAUGUAAAGCAGGCAGUACUGGACGCCGGCCAGGACAUUGACUGUUCGUCUUCGUGACGCUGGAAAUUGUUUCUCCGUUAGGACGAAAAGAGGAGGAUCAUUUAUCGUUCCGGCUGCCGGAAAACCGAAGACCGCCAUCGCGGUGCUCAUCGGUGCACGACGACAGGUGUGCGUGACACGAGGGGAACAACCAUGAACGUUACCACGAACGACCUUCCGGUGCGGCGAUGCAGCACGACGUGCCUCGCGUGACUCGCGCCGGUCACGAGUAAAGAGAAUCCUCCCUCGCCACCACCUCCCUCGCGUGAGUACCGCGGCGGUGGCCACCACUAACGGUGCAACGCGCUGGCCCGUCUCUCCUAUUCAGCCCUCCGCGUCCGCGGGGCACAAUCCUUACGACGAGGACACGCACACCAGGGUGGCACGAUAGUAUGACGGUGAUGCUGCUGCAACGUUCAGUCACCCCGCAGUCGACGCACAGCCAAAAGACAGCGACGAAGGACUGCAGCGCGAAGCCGCCCUUUCUCUUUCUGCUGGACGACCGUGAGGAGCAUCGGAACUCGACCGAUACCAACACCACGACCACUACAAACAACAACAACAACAACAAUAACAACAUUAACAACAAUAAUAACAUUAAUAAUAACAAUAACAACAACAAUAACGUCAACAAUAACAACGUCUUCAAGAGAGACGCCCGGAGGAACGACAGCCGCGAUCACGUCGCCGACGAGGCGCCGUCGUCGGUGACGUCCCAACGACUCACCGGCGGUGGUCGGGACAUCGCGAUGCGAUAUUACCGCCUCUGGAUCUACGCCUGUAACUUGGUGCUGUUCGGUAGCGCGAUCGGUUUCGUCGCCGCGGUGUCGCAGACCCUCCUGUUCACCGGUGAUCCACGUCGGCACGUGGUGCCGGGUGUACCCCGCGUCUACGACCCCACCGCGCUCUACGGCUAUCUGGCAUUGACGGCACAGUUAGGCCUGGUGCAGCUGCUCGGUUGCAUCGCUGCCAGGCGGCUCAGCGCUCGGCUGCUCCACAUCUACUGGAUAUUAUUGCUGAUACUGCUGUUCGGCGACGCCGUGGUCGGCGUCGCCUGGAUCUUCCGCUUCGAGAAAAUGCGCGCCGACCUCAGGCCCACGCUCAAGCUACGUUUGCAGAUGGACUACAAUAAAGAGCCGCGAUUCACCGAACAGUGGGAUCGACUUCAGCGGGAGUUCAUGUGCUGCGCGGUGACCGGGCCCAAGGAUUUUGGACCCAACUUUUCGUCGACUUGCUGCGGAGCCAGCAUAAACGCAACCGAGCCCUGUCAGCAUCCGUACACGCGCGGUUGCGAAGAGACGCUCGUACGUUGGCUUAGGAAAACGGCGGAUCUGCUGUUCGUCCUGGGUUUCUGCGUAAUCGCCUUCGCCAAGCUCUGCUUCCUCGGUAUCCUACGCUACGAGAUACGGGAGAUGAUACAGAAGAUACGAUUGCUGAGAGAACCGCCGCCGCCGCCCACGCAAUUCGCGCAACCGCCCUUUUCCCAGAUGAUGCCGGAAAUGACCAACAACAACGGCAGCAUCACGAGACGCACAACGUUGCCCAACACGGUUACGGUUUCCGGCAACGCGUCGCUGUUGCCGCAGUUGGACGAGUGCAAUACCGGCCGGUAUCCGAUGUUGCCGAACAAUCUACAGGACGGCGGUGCCGACAGCGACACGAACAGUCACUGCGCGCUGAUCCUCGAGGAGACGACGCCCAUCUCGAUGAACAACCACAACAGCUGCGCGGCCGGCGGCGGCCGUGAGAAGAGCAACGGCAACAACAACUACGAGAUGCGUGAGUUUAACCGUAGGCUGCUGCUGUCGAACGGCACCAGCCCGGGUGCGGGCGUGACCGUAACGGGCGGUCAAAGCAGGCGCACCUGACUAUGGAGAUGGUGGCGAAACACCUCGAACCGUUUCCUGUACAGGAGCAAUCGCCGGCGCGCCGAUAUACCGCUAUACAAGUAAAGGAACGACAACCCUCUGUCCAGACGUUUCAGUUUCUUUUUUUUAAGAGGAAUAGCAUACACACAUCCGGCGAGCUACUGGCAGGCGCUAGUCCAACAGACGGGCGCGAUAUACGUGAGGAAACGCUGCCGUCGUCAUCGUCGUCGUCGACGUCGCAUCGAGACCGGCGGAAGUGAAGGGGGUUGACAACCGCUGUUCAGCUCGUCUUCUAUAGCUCACCCCUACCUCUCACCCCCCGAGGUCUCUUACCGCCGAUUCGCGAUAGUGCGCGCUUGACAUCGAGAAAAGACCACGACGACGGGCAGCGUUCGACGGUGAGACACGCGAGAGACCAAGCAUUCACGAAUCGAUAUCACGGUGGGACUGUACAAUUUAUUAACGAAAGAACCAAAUCAAAACAUAUACAAUUAAAGCGAGAAAGAGAAACAAAAAAAGCUCCGUUUUGUACGAAACUUGCGAAGGGGCGCUUAAGUUUGCACAUCAGAUCGUGGCACGAGAGCGAAAUCUCGCGCGAUCCGGGGAUGAAAAAAAAAAAAA